AUGGAUCGCAAGAUGACAACCAUCUUGGCCGUCAAACCGACUGCCAAACCCUUUCAAGAUUGGUGGGGCUACCAAUCGAUUUCCCUCAAGACCACGGCAGGUCAAAAAGUCGACAAUGCCGAUGGUGAGGGUGUUGUCAUAUAUGUCCUCGAGAACGAAUUCUUGCUCAAGCAACAGUCCGACUGUCAGCCCGGUUUUGAUGGGAUCGAAUUGCUACAUGGGCCUGAAUCUCGGCUCGACAGGCCGUCAAGCGAUUUCCACGGCAAUAUCGUGCUGAGUAUCAUCAAGAAUACAGCACCCAAGGCAAAGAUCUACGUAUUGAGGCGGGGAACCACUGCGGAAGAAUUAGACUGGACGCUACAGGUCAUCAUGAAGCAUCGCCAAAGGCACCACCAGGGACAGCCUGCACUCAUCAAUUGUUCCUUCGGCGUGGGAGUUCGGGCUGUUGCCUCGUCGCAAGUGAAUGCUCUUUUUUCUUGUUACAAAACGAUCGACAAGGUGCUCGAGGCUGGGAUUCUGAUUGUAGCCGCCGCGGGAAAUGAAAAGGGGAUUGAGAUAACACCAGAAAUGCGAAGCAGAUAUUUGGGACAUGUGGAGUCGCUGAGUUUGCAGGUUGCCCAGAUGAAGGAGGCCAACGAGGAGAGCAAGUGGAAUGAGAAUAUAAAGAAAGCGACUAAUAAUAAGGCAGGAGAUGCUCUGAAUGAGAGCCUGAGGAAGAUCGACGGCCUUGGAUUGCCUGCCAUGCAUCCAGGUGGUCUUAUGGUUGGAGGUUACGAUAAGGGGUUCAACUGCCGCCACUUCUAUUACGGCGCAGGCAUCGAUGUUUAUGCUCCUGGAUGUGAUGUCCCGGUUCCGAGGCUCAAAGACGUACAAGGGGGAGGAAAGGAAUUCGACCAGGGGACUUCAUUUGCUGCUCCGCUGGUUACCGGAUCCAUUGCUUCAUUUCUCAUGACCCGGUCGAAUGAAGGCGGCAGGAAGUUGCCCAUACCAUUCAACUCGGCUGCCCUCAAACAAAAGGUUCUCGACAUGGCUGUGCCAAUUGUAGAGCCAACGGUGAACAAAGAAGGUCUUUACCCUUCCACUGGGUACCGCGCGUUCAGGAUCCAACUACACAAGAUUGAUUAUGAGAAGGGCACGCAACAUGUCCCAGAAAGGACGGAGGAGCAGAAAGAAACAGAGGAGCUUGAACGACGGGAACAGGUCAGAAACGCCAGGAGAGCCAAGGGAGAUACUGGGCCAAGAUCAAACUCAUUAGGAGGCAACUCAAGACUUUCGAAACCGAAUUUAGCAAGACUAUAGCUGGGGGACUCCACCCUUCGCAACAUGAGGACAUUAAUUACCUAGGUAGCUAGCACAUUAGAAUUCGGACA